UGUUUUUUACAAAAUCUGCUCCUCCGGUGUUUAAUUUUGCCUUUAGAGAACGUGAGGCUGGGUUCAUUAUGAACGUAUAACCCGCAUUAUUCUCACGCUCUCUUUUUGUACCUGUUUUACGGUUAAUGAACAGUCAACUUGGACUAAAAACCUAAUAUUCCUACACCGCUCAGGACAAUUGAACAUCGCUCAUCUCUCUCAGCCGGUUGCAGUGAUAUUGAGAGGUCAAUCGUCGUCAAAUUUUAAUUUGAACAGGGAACCCAAGAUGUCUGGAGAUUUGCCCCUCAACAUCAACAUUAAAGAGCCCCGAUGGGACCAGGGGACGUUCAUGGGCCGCGCCAAGCAUUUCUUCAUGGUCACAGACCCCAGAAACGUCCUCUUGUCCUCCGGGACGCUGGAGGAGGCCCGGGUAAUCGUGGAGAACUACAGAGCUGGAGUGGUGGCGCCCGGCCUGACGGAGGACCAGCUGUGGCGGGCCAAAUACGUGUACGACUCGGCCUUCCACCCCGACACCGGCGAGAAGAUGUUUGUGAUCGGUCGCAUGUCCGCUCAGGUCCCCAUGAACAUGUCCAUCACUGGCUGCAUGCUCACCUUCUACAGAACCACACCGGCGGUGGUCUUUUGGCAGUGGGUUAACCAGUCCUUCAACGCAGUGGUCAACUACACUAACCGCAGUGGAGACGCUCCCAUCACUGUCAAUCAGCUCGGUGCGACCUACGUGAGCGCCACAACCGGCGCCGUUGUCACCGCCCUGGGCCUCAAGUCUCUGGCCACGCGCCUUCCGCCCAUUGCCAGCCGCUUUGUGCCCUUCGCCGCCGUCGCUGCUGCCAACUGUAUCAACAUUCCGUUCAUGAGACAGAGGGAAUUGAAGUACGGCAUCCCCGUGACCGACGAGAACGGCAACAGGUUAGGAGACUCUGUCAACGCGGCCCAGCAGGCCAUCACGCAGGUGGUGGUGUCCAGGAUCGGCAUGGCAGUGCCAGCUAUGGCUAUUCCUCCCGUCAUAAUGAACGCGCUGGAGAAGCGAGCCUUCCUGAAGCGCUUCCCUAUCCUCAACGCUCCAAUCCAGGUGGGGCUCGUGGGUUUGUGCCUGGUGUUUGCCACUCCUCUGUGCUGCGCCCUGUUCCCACAAAAAAGCUCCAUGAACGUGAGCGGGCUGGAGGCGGAGCUUCAAGACAGUAUACGCCAGCGCAACCCCGCCACCACCGUGGUCUACUUCAACAAGGGCCUGUAGGAACUUCACGCACACAUAUGGGUACACAGGCGAUCUAGUUAUGCUUUUCCUUUGUGAGUAUUUGUUUUUGGAACCGCUCCCACACGGAGGAAAGAUGUUUGUGUGUGUAAAACGAAGUCGUUACUGAUGUUUGUAUUUAGCCAUGAACUCGAAUGUAACAUUACUGUCCUAUUAUCGAUCUAUUUCAACCCCGGUUGUUGUUGUCUGCCCCCCCCCUCUCGUCGGUCCGUCAAAGUGGUGCUUCUUCCCUUUAAGUUAGGGGUGGGCAAGCUAUGGCUGUAAAAUGCUCUUGAUAAAUCAGAAUAGUGGAGCACUUCAGUAAUAUGCUACUGAGUCUAUGUAGUCAAACUACUCCGUUUAUUGCACAGACACCCCACACACACACACACACACACCUAAAAAUGGUUUAACGCUGUCAGCACACUCGGAAAAAGCGAGUCAGCGGUUGGCACGUGGGCGGCAGGUUGGCACUGUAAGCUGAUCACAAACUGCCACAUUGAGUAUGCAAUAAUGAAAUAAGCUGACAUGCAGGACGAUGUUCCGUAUUUCUGGUUUUAUUAUUUAAACAUACUUGAAGGGGGGGGGCGGUGUUAAGUAGGUGUGGUGCAAGUAUUAUACGUUAAUAAUAAUGGAAGCACCAUUGAUAUCAGUGCUCCCCAUGAAAAUCGGUUAUAAAUACUUGUAUGUGGUGUAUUUGCUGUGCUGGCUUUAACAGGGUUUUUAUUCUGGAGUUUAUAUAGUUCGACACGCUGCACUGGAUUUCCUCUAGUAGUAAAAUGAAACAAAAAAACAUUUUUCCCAUGACGAGAAAACCGCAUUAGCACAAUUCAUAAACAUUAACUGCUGGAAAUACAGUUCCGUCUUUGUCGUUUGAUGUACGGGAAACAAUAUAAAUGUAUAUGAUUGAGGUUUUUUUUCUUCUUUCCAAACUAAGAUGUACCUGUGUCCCUGAAUGCACCUCGUUAACCAGCAAUUCAUUUGGAUUCAGGGUCACAGAGUCCCAAUCUUUCCGUUUUUGUGCAUUAAGUGUAUUUCACACUGACACAAUUUCCCACCGAGUGGUUUAUUUCUACUCUUGUAUUCCUGAAUGGCUUCAUUCCAUCAUCCUGUAGUCUUUAAUUGUAUGUAAUUCAUCUCAGGAUACCUCAACCACAGGAAUCAGAAUUUUAGCAUUUGUCGCUCCUGCCAAGUCCGUAUGAGUCAAGGAAUCACCUUGCUGUUAGGAACCAACUAUCAUGCUGCAAAGUUAAAUAUUGAAGAUUGUACUGUUGAACUGUAGAUUUUGUUUGUCUCCCCUGAGUGCAACUUUAGCAGAUUAAUCAGCACACAACCGGUACGGAUUGCUGUUAGGAAUGUAGCCAAAGAUGGAGUUUAAAAGGUAAAGAAAUAUUUUUUCCACAAGCUUUAUUUUAAGUGGUUUUGCACCAUGUCACUAUGCAUAAAAAAUGUCUACUAUAAGGCGCUACGUGAUGUCUCAUUGUGUGCGUUUUUUUAAAAAUAAUUUCUACAAGUCACGGAAUGACACGAAUGCUACGACAAUCCGUGCAUGUUCCACUCCAUGAAUGUUUUCAGUCAUGAAAUGCUGUCAUUGGUUGGGUGUACUCCCUUAUUUUCUUUGUAUUGUGUUGACAUAUAUACAGGAUAUAUUUCUUGACGUGUAUUUUACUCAAUGCUACAAUAAAAUGUUAUUUGAAAUUCGA